AUGACCCGCUGGGUCUUAACAUGCUGGGUUCUUCAGCUCUGCUUCCUGCACCUUGCCGAUGCUACGCACUUGAGCAACGAGACGGAUCGACUGGCGUUGCUCGAGUUCAAGUCCAAGAUUUCCGGUGACCCUUUGGGAGUUCUAAGCUCGUGGAAUGAUUCCCGUCAAUUUUGCUUUUGGGGCGGCGUGUCCUGUUCCAGACGACACGUCCGAGUCACGGUCCUAGACCUGCAUUCCAGUAGGCUCUCUGGCUCCAUUUCUCCACACAUCGGCAACCUCACCUUCCUGAAGAAGCUCGACCUCAACAACAACACAUUCCACGGCGCAAUCCCGCCAGAAAUUGGCCGGCUACGCAGAUUGCGGACUCUGUUUCUAUACAACAACUCAUUGGGCGGCGAGAUUCCGUCCAACAUCUCGGGAUGCUCUGCUCUGGCCGAGGUCCAUGUCAGAAAUAACAAAUUGGUGGGAAGCCUACCUCGGCAGCUCGGCUUCUUGUACGGGCUUCAAUUCUUUCACGCGGGAGGAAACCGUCUAACAGGGAGCAUCCUUCCUUCUUUCGGCAACUUGACAUCUAUCAGGAUCCUAGCAUUAGGCGAUAACCAAUUGAAUGGUGAAAUCCCUUCUUCCAUUUUCAAUCUUACUCUCCUUACACUUCUCUCCCUUGGAGAGAAUCGACUCCGCGGAAACCUUCCGUGGAAUAUGGGAACAUUACUUCCGAAUCUUGAGAAUUUUUACGUGCCUUUUAACCAACUCACUGGUAGACUUCCACCUUCUUUGUCAAAUGCCUCGAAUAUGGUCCAACUUCAACUGCAGGUCAACAAUUUUACAGGGAGCGUGCCUAGUAUGGCUAGCUCUCACAACCUUCUGCGUUUAAACAUUGCCGAAAACUUUCUUGGAAGUGGCAAGGUUAACGGUGAUGAUUUGGGUUUCCUUUCUACCUUGACAAAUGCAAGAAAAUUGCAAGCCCUAGUCAUCAGCAUCAAUAAUUUUGGAGGCAGCUUACCGGAGCAAAUUGGCAACUUGUCAUCGAGCAUUGAGAUACUCGUGUUGGAUAACAACCAGAUAUCAGGAAGCAUCCCAGAGGGCUUACAAAACCUUGUCAACUUGGAGGUUCUUUUGGCGAAUGGGAACAAACUCUCAGGUGCGAAAUCACUAUCCAUUAUUGGAAACAUGCAGAGCUUAGUGCAGUUGCGUUUGGACAACAACGACAUUGUCGGAUAUGUUCCUUUGUCUAUUGGAAACUUGAAUAGAUUGCUUGUAUUGCGCUUGGCUAAUAACCAUAUAGACGGAGAAAUUCCUACCGCUAUUCAAAACUGCAAAAGUUUGAUAUUUUUGGACUUAUCAAACAACAAUCUUAGUGGCGUCAUUCCCACACAACUCAUGGGUCUUACUUCUUUGUCCAUUGGGUUGAACUUGUCCUACAAUCAUUUCACUGGCAGCAUCCCCAUCGAAGUGGAAAAUCUGAAGAACUUGGGCUCCUUGGAUCUAUCCCAUAACAUGUUAUCAGACAGCAUUCCUAGAAGCCUUGGCAAAUGUGUCAGCCUAGAGUCCGUGCAAUUGCAAGCCAACCUCCUCCGAGGAAUGAUUCCUUUGUCAUUGGAUUCGUUAAGAGGUAUUCGACUAUUUGAUCUUUCAAACAAUAACUUAUCUGGUCAAAUUCCAAAAUUCUUUGAGCAGAUGCAUUCUCUACAACUAUUGAAUCUGUCUCACAAUAAGUUUGAGGGUGAAGUGCCAACGGAGGGAGUUUUGAAUAAUAGUAUAAUCAUUUUAGUCAUUGGAAAUGUCAAUCUUUGUGGAGGUUUGCCUGAACUUAACCUUCCACCUUGUAACUUAAGACGACCUAAGAAGAGAUUGAGCUAUAAGUUGAAGGUCUGUAUAUCAACAGUCUCUAGUAUGAUAUUGUUGAUCUUCAUUGCUUCUUCCUUGCUGGUCUUUUGGAUGAAAAGUAAAGGUAAACAACAUAUAGUUUCGAGUGGCGAUGAUUUCCACACUCGAGUAUCUUACCAAAGUCUCCAUAAAGCUACAAACGGUUUCUCCACAACAAAUCUUAUUGGUGUAGGCAGCUUUGGUUCCGUGUACAAGGGAGUUGUUAACAUUAAUGUAGAAGAGAUCACAAUAGCUGUCAAGGUAUUCAAUCUUCAGCAUCGUGGAGCUUCCAAGAGUUUUAUGACAGAAUGUGAAGUAUUAAAGAAUAUCAGACACAGAAAUCUUGUGAGGAUUUUGACGGUAUGUUCGGGUGUUGACUAUCAAGGGAAUGAUUUCAAGGCUCUAGUCUAUGAGUUUGUGGUUAAUGGAAGUUUGGAAAAUUGGUUGCAUCCUGUGGAAAGUGUUGAUGACCCUCCAAGGCGUCUGAAAUUUCAUCAACGUCUAAAUGUUGCCAUUAAUAUAGCAUCUGCACUAGAUUAUAUUCAUAACCUUUGUGAAACGCCUAUUGUUCAUUGUGAUCUUAAACCCGAUAAUGUUCUCCUCGAUGAGGAUAUGGUAGCUCAUGUUGGUGAUUUUGGAUUAGCUGCCAAUCUCUCUUUGAAUGGCGAGACAACCAGCUCCAUUGGCAUAAAAGGAACUGUGGGCUAUGCUCCUCCAGAAUAUGGUAUGGGAAAUGAAAUUUCGAUUGAAGGUGAUAUGUACAGUUUCGGGAUCCUCCUACUUGAGAUGUUCACUGGAAGGAGGCCAAUCGAUGAAUCUUUUAGUGAUGGCGUGAACCUUCAGAAUUUUGUGAACACUGCUUUAUUAGGACAAGGAUCGACAAUCCCAAAAGUUGUGGAUCCAAUUCUACUCAAUGAAAUACUAUAUGGUCGAAUCCCCGAGAAAGCUCUAAUUUCCAUUUUAGAAAUUGGUGUUGCUUGCUCUUUCGACUCCCCGCAAGAGAGACUAAAUAGCAGUGAAGUUUUGACAAGGCUAAAUAGGCAACUUGCUUUAUUGAUGAUUUGCUCAAAGCCUAAAAGGGAGGCGAAAGGUAUGUAA